CCAACAGCUCCGAGUGGGCCAGGGUGGCGCUGGUCUCUCCGGAACAACCCGUGUCCCUCUUGCCUUGGCCAGGGGAGAAAGGGGACCCGGGCGAGCGAGGCCUGCAGGGCAAGUUCGGCAAAGCGGGCUCGGCAGGCAGCCGGGGCCACGCGGGGCCCAAGGGACAGAAGGGGAGCGUCGGGGCCCCCGGGGAGCCCUGCAAAAGCCACUACGCCGCCUUCUCGGUGGGCCGCAAGAAACCCCUGCACAGCAACGACUACUACCAGACCCUGCUCUUCGACACCGAGUUCGUCAACCUCUACGGCCACUUCAACAUGUUCACCGGCAAGUUCUACUGCUACGUGCCCGGCAUCUACUUCUUCGCGCUCAAUGUGCACACCUGGAACCAGAAGGAGACCUACCUGCACAUCGUGCGCAACGGGCUGGAGGCCGCCAUCCUCUACGCCCAGCUGAGCGACCGCAGCAUCAUGCAGAGCCAGAGCCUCAUGCUGGAGCUGCGGGAGCAGGACGAGGUCUGGGUGCGGCUCUUCAAGGGCGAGCGAGAGAACGCCGUCUUCAGCGACGAGUACGACACCUACGUCACCUUCACCGGCUACCUGGUCAAGUACGGCGGGGGGGCCCGAGCCGGGGCCGGGGGGGGGCACACGCCUGAGCCUCCUGCCGCCCCCUCGCAGACUGCCAAGCCCCGUCACGCCUGCACCGGCUCCUCUCCCCUUCCUUACCUCCGUCCUCGCACAAGGAUGCUCUAA